AGCUUAAACUGGAUUUUCAACCGCUCGUUCUUGACAGGAUCAACGGUCUCGAUCUGUUGCAACGUUGAUUGAAUGCACUCACCUAUAUUCUCAUAUUAACCGGACUAUUUCAUUUCGGAUAGACGAUAAAGUUGCAGGCGAGGAAGAAGAGGAAGAGAAGCGAUGACGACUCGAUUGAAGAAGCACAGGAAGAAGAGAGGACAUGUAAGUGCAGGCCAUGGCCGUAUUGGCAAGCACAGGAAGCAUCCCGGAGGCAGGGGAAAUGCCGGAGGCAUGCACCAUCAUCGCAUCCUCUUCGACAAGUACCAUCCUGGUUAUUUCGGUAAGGUUGGUAUGCGCCACUUCCACAAGCUUAAAAAUCACUACUUUUGCCCAAUCGUCAAUAUCGAUAAGCUUUGGUCCCUCGUUCCCGACCAGAUCAAGGAGAAGGCCACCCCUGAUAAUAUCCCCCUUUUAGAUGUUACUCAGCACGGCUAUUUUAAGGUUCUGGGCAAGGGUGAGCUGCCUUCCCAGCCGCUUGUUGUCAAGGCCAAGCUUAUUUCUAAGCUGGCUGAGAAGAAGAUCAAGGAGGCUGGUGGGGCUGUACUCUUGACGGCGUAGUUAGGGUUUCGAAGAUCUAGGGUUUUAGGGUUUUUUUGUUUUUAAUUUGGGCCAGCGCUUUAAGCAAUGCUGGAUGUUACAUUUUUGAGCAUUUUGUUGGAUGUUGCAAGCCUAGAUUUGGCCUUUUGAGAAACUUUAUUUGUACGGGAAUUUGGCUUUAAAUUUAUAAUUAAUACUUUUUUUAA